AGAUCUUCCAUGAAGAUGCCGAGGAGUACAAUGGCAGGUCGAUGGACGACGGCGCUGUGGAUGCUUUCAACAUACCUUCCACUAGCAAGCGGUAUCCACUGCAAGUUGCACGCCAAGACAUCGGACUUCCAGACACAAUAUUCCGUGACUAUAGCCAUCGGCACACCGGCUCAAGCCUUCGACGUGAUCGUGGACACGGGGUCGUCAGAUUUGUGGGUUCAAGGCACGGACUGCGUGGCGUGUAACGGCCAGCCGCGAUUUGCCGCAAUCGCAUCGACAUCCUUCCGUCCUGACUGCGGCCGCGGCAGUUGCACGUACACUGUCUCGUACGGGUCCGGCAUGUCGUCGGCAAAGGUCGGCCAGGAUCGCAUCUCCAUUGAUUCCUUUGCCUUGGCCGACGACGUUCAAUUCGGCGUCGUCUACGACGAGGACGCGUCCAUCUCCCAAGUACUCCAGAGCAGCGGCAUCCUAGGCCUAGCGUUCAAGUCCAUGGCAGCGUUCACCACGCCCUGUGUACAAGACUACAUGCAGUCGUUCUCACUGUCAUUGAGCCGAACUGCGCCAAUGCUAUCGAUUAACGAACAAUUGCCACCUUAUAACGAUCCAGCGAUUGUUUGGGCUAGCAUGCCAGUGGAGGAGCUGGACGGAAUGCACUCGUACUGGAUUGUGGGCCUGCCCAACGCCACCCUCGGGUCAUUGCAGCUCUGUGGCACCACCACGAAUCGAUGCCAAGCUAUCCUGGACUCGGGCACUGGCUUCAUUGCUGUGCCUUCUACUGCGUGGACUGCUGUUGUAACUCAACUGCAUGCGGCGGGGUGCUACGCCAUCGGUUCGUCAGGUCCGUUUGCCUGUCCUACUAUGGACACGUUGCCGCCUUUAACGCUCACGCUGGGCACAACGCACGGAUAUGCGUGUGUGUUGACGCCGUCCAUGUACGCGUUUCGCGAGUCUAGUACUACUACUAGCACGGCCGUGAUCGUGGGGCUGAUUCAGUCGCCGAUGGACAUUUGGAUCUUGGGCUCGCUGUUCCUGCACCAGUAUUACACUGUGUUUGAUAUGCGACACGGUGAAGUUCGAAUGACGGAGCUAUUGGAGCAACCAGUGCUAGAACAACUGCAGCCCGUGCCCAUCUCGAUACACGACCAGCCGUCAUAUUUUGAUCGAUACUUUGAUGAAGACGUAGCCGAGCAUGUGAUGGUCGUGGUGGUGCUCGGAGUGAGCCUGAUGCUGUUGUACAUGAUGGUGUGGCAGCCACAUUUUUCUCGACGCCAAUACCCGUGGGAUAGAAGCACUACGUCUGACGACUUGCUGCUCGUGAGUUUACUUGAGCAUGACCUGCAGUGGAAACAGCAGCCCCCACCAGCCAAGUAAAACGCCCAGUCGUUUCGAUUUAUCAUAAUCGUAUGGGAACCCUUUGUUCAAAUCCUAGAGUUAAAAUAAAGCCAACACCAGACUAUGUAUUACAGUAGGACAACGUUAGUUAGUACUAAUAUUAAUCAUACUAUUGAAAGCUUAC